CCGAGCCGAGAACGAGAUGCUGGUGGCCGUGGGACCCUACGGCCAGUCCCAGCCCAGCUGCUUCGACCGCGUCAAGAUGGGCUUCGUCAUGGGCUGCGCCGUGGGCAUGGCGGCCGGGGCGCUCUUCGGCACCUUCUCCUGUCUCAGGAUUCGAAUGCGGGGUCGGGAGCUGAUGGGCGGCAUCGGGAAAACGAUGAUGCGGAGUGGCGGCACGUUUGGCACAUUCAUGACUAUCGGAAUGGGCAUUCGAUGCUGAUGGAGACCAUGGUUGCCUGUAAUAUCAGUCCCCUCCCAUCAUUCCCAACCCAUGUACUAUAAUAAAAAAUUAAAAAAAAA